UCCGGGUUCGAGUCCCGGGGCCGGUUCCUGGGGGGGGGGGGGCGGCCGCCAUGGCGCGGCACCCCGGGGUGCUGGGGGUGCUGGUGCUGGGCGCCCUGCUCCGCGCCGCCGCCUUCAACCUCGACACCGCCUUCCCGGUGCUCAAGGAGGGCGCCGCCCGCAGCGGCUUCUUCGGCUUCUCCGUGGCGCUGCACCGGCAGAGCGAGCGGCAGGAGCGGUACCUGUUGCUGGUCGGGGCGCCCCGAGAUGAGGACCCGCAGAACGGCACGAGGACAGGCGCCGUCUACGCCUGCCCCCUCUCCGCCUCCACCAGCGACUGCCAGAGGCUCGACAUCGAGCUGAAGAGUGAGCCGGACAAGUACAUCAUCGAGGACAUGUGGCUGGGGGUGACGGUGGCCAGCCAGCGGCAGCCAGCUGGGAGGGUGCUGGCUUGCGCCCACCGCUACACCAGGGUGCUGUGGUCGGGCAGCGAGGACCAGCGGCGCAUGGUGGGCCGGUGCUACGUGCGGGGCAACGACCUGCGCCUCGACCUGACCGACGAGUGGCAGACGUACCACAACGAGAUGUGCAACUCCAACGUGGACGCGGAGGAGACCGGCAUGUGCCAGAUGGGCACCAGUGCCGGCUUCACCUCCAACAUCAUUUAUUUCGGGGCACCCGGCGCCUACAACUGGCAAGGUACCAACUACAUGCUGAAGCGGGAGACGUGGGACCUGCACGACUUCUCCUACCCCAACGAGAAGAACGGCAACACCUACAUAGGGUACACGGCGGAGGUGGGCAGCGGCGUGCUGCAGGAGGACGCGGUGACGGUGGUGGCGGGUGCCCCCCGGUACCAGCACACGGGCGCCGUGUACCUGCUGAGCACCAGCCCCCAGAACACCCUGGAGAAGAGCAGCGUGCUCCGCGGCCACCAGGUCGGCUCCUACUUCGGCAGCGCCGUGGCCCUGGCAGACCUCAAUAACGAUGGGUGGCAGGACCUGGUGGUGGGAGCCCCCUACUACUUCCAGCGGAAGCAGGAGGUGGGGGGAGCCGUCUACGUGUACAUGAACGAGGUGGGGGGCUUCCAGCCCGACCCCAGCCUGGUGCUCACCGGCCCCAGCUACUCCGCCUUCGGCUUCGCCAUCGCCAGCAUCGGGGACAUCAACCAGGACGGCUUCCAGGACAUCGCCGUGGGGGCUCCGUUCGAGGGGGCGGGCAAGGUCUACAUCUACCACAGCAGUGCAGGAGGGCUGCUGGCCAAACCCAGCCAGGUGGUCAGCGGCUCGGACCUGGGCCCCGCCAGCAUGCAGACCUUUGGGUACUCGCUCAGCGGGGGCCUGGAUGUGGACGGCAACUCCUACCCCGACCUCCUGGUGGGCAGCUUGGCGGAGAGGGUGGCCCUGCUCAGGGCUCGCCCCGUGCUCAACAUCCUGGACAAAACCUUCACCGUCACCCCCAGCAAGGUGGAUCCCGCCCGCUGCACGCCCAGCUCCUGCAUCACAGUGACCGUCUGCUUCGCCUACAACCAGAGCGCUGGCAACCCCAAGUACAACGAGAAGAUCACCCUGGAGUACGUCCUGGAGGCGGACAAGGAGCGGCACCCCCCCAGGGUGAGGUUUUUGGGGACGCACUCGGCCACCUACCGCGGUGUCUUCCCCAUGCCCGAGACCCACUGCGAAUCCAAGGAACUCCUGCUGCUGGAGAACAUCCGGGACAAGCUGCACCCCAUCGUGCUCUCCAUGAACUACUCGCUGGUGGAGAAGCCCAGGAGCUUCCAGCUGGGUCCCCACUCCCUCGACGCCUUCCCCGUCCUCAACCAGGACCAGUCCCACGAGAAUGAGACCAAGAUCGAGUUCCAGAAGGAGUGCGGCUCCGACAACAAGUGCUACAGCAACCUCCAGAUGCGGAGCGGCUUCAUCAACGAGCAGAAUCAGUUCCUGCCCAGGCUGAACGGCACGCAGGUGCUGCAGUACAGCCGGGACCUGCGCAAGCUCCACCUGGGCGUGAACAUCACCAACGCGCCCAGCACCGACUCCAACGGCGAGGACGCCCACGAAGCCCAGCUCAACAUCACCGUGCCCCCCAACCUGCUCUUCUCCUCCGUCCGCCCGAGUGGUGCCUGCACCUCCGUGGAGGAGACGGUGCUGUGCGAGCUGGGCAACCCCUUCAAGAAGAACCAGAGGUUGGAGCUGCUCAUCACCUUCGAGGUCAACAGCAUGGCGCUGGACACGCGGGAGGUGCUGAUCUGGCUCGACCUGUCCACGCAGAGCACCCAGGAGGACCUGCAGCCCGUGCUGGCCAAGCUGCUGGUGGAUUACAGCAUCCAGUCCUCGCUGACCGUAGCCCCCUCGCACGCCCAGUCGCACUUCAGCGGGGUGGUGGUGGGCGAGUCGGCCAUGCGCAGCGAGCAGGACGUGGGCAGCGCCCUCGCCUUCGACUUCCAGGUGUCCACCAAGGGCGAGGCGCUGGGCGCCCUGGGCACCAUCCUGCUGGGUUUCGAGUGGCCCUACGAGGUCCCCAACGGGAAGUGGCUCCUGUACCCCACCGAGAUCCUCAUCGACGGCAACGGCACCUGCCGGCCCCCCGGGGGGGUCGUCAACCCCCUCAACCUCACGCUGCUGGAGGACAGGACCCCGACGCGGCAGAGACGGGAGCUGGGGGCGGCCGAGCCCGCGGAGCCCCCCCUCACGCUGGCCACCGCCAAGAAGGCCAAGUCGGAGGUGCUGCUGAGCUGCUCCCAGGGCACCGCUCGCUGCGUCUGGUUCGAGUGCCCCCUCCUCGACACCCAGCGCCCCACCACCUUCCGUGUCCGUGCCCGGGUGUGGAACAGCACCUUCAUUGAGGAUUACAGCAACUUUGACCGGGUGAAAGUGGACGGCACGGCCACGCUCUUCCUCCGCACCCACGUCCCCACCAUCAGCAUGAAGAACCACACGGUGCGGUUCUCCGUGGACGUCGACUCGGAGCUGACGGAGGAGCAGCCGGCCGAGAUCGCGCUGUGGCUGGUGCUGGUGGCCGUGGCGGCCGGGCUGCUGCUGCUGGGGCUGAUCAUCGUGCUGCUGUGGAAGUGCGGUUUCUUCCGUCGGGCCAGCACGCGGGCCAUGUACGAAGCCAAGGGCCAGAAGGCGGAGAUGCGGAUCCAGCCGUCUGAAACGGAGCGGCUGACGGAUGACUACUAGCGGGGGGGGGGGAGCCACCCCGCUGCCCC